AUCCGGUCGCAAGAGUCGGAUACGACUUAGCGACUGAUCACCAACAUUAUAGCUCCAAAUGGGAAAAGUAACUUGAGAAUCUUAGGCUGCUAUGAAAAAAAAAAAAAUCUUAACAGCAAAUGACUUCAGAGUAUAUCGAGUACCAGAGAACGCCUUCAUUCUGCGGAAAACUACAACUCCCAGAAUGCACCUAGGUAAGGCCUCCAGAAAGGAGCCCGGCGCUGCCGCAAGGGGUUCUGGAAGACGUGGUUGCCACCAGGGGAGAAGUUUCAGCCUUGCAAGGGCGGGAGACUCUUGGAGACCACCUCCUCCGAGGCGGGGCAAGCGCUGGUGCACAACCAAUCGUCGACCCUGCCCUUGGAUACGCUGGGAAGCGGCGAAUCGGAACGCAGCGGUUUUCGCCUGGACUGGCGCGCGAGAAUUUGAACACAGUGGGGGACCACGGGCUCGGCUGAGGAGAGGUCGCCUGUCUGAGGUGCUACCAGGAGUUAGGAUGUCAACUUUAACGCCAACAAAAAGGAAGCAGUGCUCUUUGAACCGGGACAUCCCAUUAUCAGAUAUUCCAUCAAAGAAAUUAAUUUUGGACUUCACUGAAAAUGUAUUUCCAUUACCUAAUAAAAAGCACAUUUGCCAAACCAGUGAUAAAAAUGAAGGAAAGAUUCAUUGCUCUCAACAAGGCCAUUUGAUUUCAAGUCCACUCAAAACGACUGAAAAUAGAUUGCCAUCUGCAAAUCAGGGUUCACCAUUUAAAUCUGCUGUGUCUGCUGUAUCCUUUUACAACAAAGAUAAGUGGUACCUCAAUCCAUUGGAGAGAAAGCUGAUAAAAGAGAGUAGAUCCAUUGGUCUAAAAACUAAUAAUGAAGAUAAAACAUAUUCCUAUAUGACAGAAAAAAUGCAAGGAAAACCAGUCUGCUCCAAGAAGAUGAACAAAAAACCACAGAAGAGUUUAACUGCUAAGUGUCAAGUGGGAUAUAAAUGCAUCAAGCCUGUAUCAAAGAAUUCUAAAAAUUCCAAGCAGUACCGAGUGACCUAUAAGCCAACUGUGGAGAAUAAUUGUUACUCAGCUGAAAAUAAUCUGAAUGCUCCUCGAGUUCUAAGCCAGAAGGUCAAACCACAAGUUACCCUCCAGGGUGGAGCAGCUUUUUUUGUUAGUAGGAAAAAGCCCUCAUUGAGAAAAUCAUCCCUGAAAGAUAAGCCAUUACUGGGACUCACCCAGAAAAAUAAAUCAGAAGUUACUGAAGAAUCUGAUGGAGAGACUGUCACUGAAAGAAGUUUUGAGACAAGGCAAGCGCCAAAGUGUGUGUUAGUAGAAAAAGAACUGAACGUUGAGCUGUUGAGUGAAAGAAGUAAAAGUGAAGAUAAAUUAAUAAAGGAUGCAUCAGAUGGAGUCAUUUCUUCAAGGGAAUGUAAAACUGAUGAAAAUAAGAGUUGUCCUUCAGAGGAGUCUUUCAGUAAGAACAAGACAGUUUCUCCUGAGUCCAUUGUCUAUCCCAUCUUCACUAUGUCUUCAGUCAACACAAAAAGAUCUCUAGUUGAAGAACAGUCUUCUGUGGGAUCCACCACAUCUACUAACUUCUUAAAACAAAUCAACAUACAGAAGAAUACUAAUACCAGAGAUUCAAACAAAGAAACAAAAGACCAGCUCAUCAUUGAUGCAGGUCAGAAAUAUUUCGGAGCCACCAUGUGUAAGUCCUGUGGCAUGAUCUAUGCUGCUUCCAACCCCGAAGACGAACUGCAGCAUGUUCAGCAUCACCACCGAUUUGUGGAGGGAAUCAAAUAUACAGGCUGGAAAAAAGAACGUGUUGUAGCAGAGUUUUGGGAUGGGAAAAUUGUGUUGGUCCUGCCGCGUGACCCGAGUUAUGCUAUCAGAAAGGUUGAAGAUGUCCAGGAACUUGUUGAUAAUGAAUUGGGCUUCCAGCAAGUUGUUCCCAAAUAUCCAAACAAAACCAAAACCUUGCUCUUUAUCUCUGAUGAAAAGAAAGUAGUUGGGUGUUUAAUUGCAGAGCCCAUCAAACAGGCCUUUCGUGUCAUGUCUGAACCAACUGGCCCAGAAACCCCAAGCUCUAAAGAAUGUCAGAGGGCUUGGCAAUGUUCAGAUGUACCGGAACCUGCAGUGUGUGGGAUAAGUAGAAUCUGGGUCUUCAGACUGAAAAGAAGAAAGCGCAUUGCGCGACGCCUGGUAGACACGCUCAGGAAUUGCUUCAUGUUUGGCUGUUUUCUCAGCACUAAUGAAAUAGCAUUUUCUGACCCAACACCAGAUGGCAAGUUAUUUGCAACCAAGUACUGCAACACACCUAAUUUCCUUGUAUAUAAUUUUAAUAGUUGAAACCAAUUUCAACUAUAGAACAAUUACUGUGUGAAUGAGUUCUGACAGCCUAUUAUCAUAAAAUACAAACUAUUUAACAAAUAGCAAGUAUCCAGGGAUACAAAGAAAGGAAAAAUCUUUAAUGUAUACUGACUAGGACUCUGAAUCCUUAAUUAUGAAACUUUGGAGCUAUAGCUGGAAAAUUAUUUCUCUUCUGUGUAAGAACAUUGGUUUUUCACAGAAAUUUGACCAGUUAUUUAUAAAGUACACUUUGAGGCCAGAAUUACUUCAUGCCUGAUCAGAAAGUUUAAAGAUAGGCAAAUUUCCAUCCCCAUUUUUUAAAAGUAACUCCUGACUUUAUACACAAAAUUCUCAUUUUAUAGGUUCUUGGCUGUAGCAACUCAGUUUGAGUAUAGUUAAAGUAUUCUGAAUUCCCAAUUUGUACCAGGGAAAGAUGUAAGGAAUAAGAUUUCCAUGUUCUUUUGUAUAGAACAGAAUUUAUAGCUAAAUAUUUUUUCAUUUUAAAAAUCAUUAUUCAGAAAGCACACUUCAGAAAUAAUUAAAAUUAAACUUUGUAAUUGCACUAUUGUCAUUUCAUUAAUUUUUGGUGUUUGUGCUACUUUUCUUUAGUGAACUUAUUACUGGUGAUUGGUGUCUAACAAAAUGGAUACCCAGUUGGAUUAGAUGAUUCAUAUGGUUAGAUUUUAAAUCUAACAGAUUUAAAAUUUAACAGAACCAAGGUUAAUAAAUAUGUCUAGGCUGAUGGGCCACAGAACAUGAUGACUUUAUGUAAAUAUACCUAAAUAUGGAUACAUUUUUCUAAUAUAAUUCAUGGAUACUUACUUUGAAAAACAAAUAAUUAUUCAGCUUUUUUUAUUAUAAUAAAGUCAUGUAGCUUCAUUCUGGCAGUAAGACUCUAGGGAAGUAGUGUCCAGAUCGUAACUGUAGAAUCUGUUCCUCUACACUCUUUUAUUUGCCUCUAAGUUAAUAGUUCUAAAAUUUUAAAGCUUGGUUUCUAAAAAGACUGUGAAAGUGUUGAAAUGUGUGUAAAUUUUCCAAACAUUUUAAUGCUAGUUUCUGUACUGCUGUUUAAAAAUUGUCAGAAAUAUUUUAUUUUAAAACUUUAUUAACAUUAUUUUGCUCAAUACCUUUAUGAUGAAUCAAUUAAAAUUCUUUUCUGUAUUA